UUUUGUGGGUCCCACCCCACCCUCCAGCGGGGACCUCGGCUCACCACAGCCCUCGGGGCGGCCUCCAGCGGGGAGUCCCCGCGUGUCCCCGAAAGGGGGGCCGGACCCGGGCUCUGCGGGACUGCUGCCCACGGCGGGUGAAGGCGGAGGGCGGCGCUGCGAGCCCCGGGGCGGCUCCCGCUGAGGUGGCCGCCCCGGGAAGCCCGACAGCCGGUGAGCCGCCCCCAUUUCCCCUCAGGCGGUGCCGGGGAGCCCAGCCCGCCUCGCCUCCUGCUCGCAGCGCCUCCGGGAGCCGGCGGCUGCCGUCGCCUGUCAAGAUGGAGCAAACAUGUGAUGAUAUAGAUGAAAUGUUCAGCAAUCUGCUUGGGGAGAUGGACAUGCUGACCCAGAGUUUAGGAGUGGAGACUAUACAACCUCCAUCCCCCAAAGUGUCUAACAAGGAAUGUAGCUUUACAGUGGGUUUUAAGGAUUUAAACGAAUCCCUAAGUGCUCUAGAAGACAAAGACCUGGAUGCUUUAAUGGCUGAUCUUGUAGCAGACAUAAAUGAAGUUGAACAGAGAACUUUACAAGCCCAGAAAACUUCUGGCAACCAGCAAAGUGUGGUCGCUCAACCUUCAACAGGCUUGGAUAGUGACAUUUAUAGUAAAUCAAGUCCCUAUGUUACCAUUACGGGACGGUUUGGGGAUGACUUGCCUCCUCCACCUCCAGUCCCUGAUUUAGACCUUCCACCACCACCGCCGCCGCCUCCUCCAGAGCCACUCAGCCAGGAAGAACGAGAGGCACAGGCUAAAGCUGACAAAAUUAAACUUGCAUUGGAGAAACUGAAGGAAGCCAAAGUUAAAAAGCUUGUUGUGAAGGUGCACAUGUAUGAUAACAGCACAAAGUCGCUAAUGGUGGAUGAGCGUCAGGUUACACGGGAUGUUUUGGACAAUCUCUUUGAGAAAACUCAUUGUGACUGCAACGUGGACUGGUGUCUAUAUGAAAUGUACCCAGAGCUGCAAAUUGAAAGGUUUUUUGAAGACCAUGAAAAUGUUGUUGAAGUGUUAUCAGACUGGACUCGAGACACUGAGAAUAAGAUUCUAUUUUUGGAAAAACCUGAAAAAUAUGCUUUAUUUAAAAAUCCCCAGAAUUUCUACCUGGCAAGCAAAGGGAAGAAUGAAAGCAAAGAAAUGAAUGAUAAAAACAAAGAGGCCUUACUGGAGGAAAGCUUCUGUGGGGCAUCUGUCAUUGUGCCAGAGCUUGAAGGAGCCCUUUAUUUAAAAGAAGAUGGAAAAAAGUCCUGGAAGAGGCGUUAUUUUCUUCUACGAGCUUCUGGAAUUUAUUAUGUACCCAAAGGAAAAACCAAGACAUCCCGGGAUUUGGCAUGCUUCAUUCAGUUUGAGAAUAUGAAUGUUUAUUACGGUUCUCAACACAGAGUGAAGUAUAAGGCACCUACAGAUCACUGCUUUGUCCUAAAGCAUCCCCAGAUUCAAAAGGAGUCCCAAUAUAUCAAAUACUUAUGCUGUGAUGAUCAAGCAACCCUGCAUCAGUGGGUAACAGGAAUAAGAAUCGCUAAGUAUGGCAAGACGUUAUAUGAUAAUUACAAAUGCGCAGUGAAGAAAGCUGGCUUGUCCUCUCGGUGGACAAAUCAAGGGACUGUGGAACCAGCUGCCCCCACGGGAUCCUUAUCAACAGGUGCUGUUCAGGCAAAUGGACAGAUUCCCCAGAUUGUUCCUCCAUCCCGUGCAGAAGUUGUAGAGACUCAGAAGCAAGUGGAUACGUCAGAGGCACAGGCUAAGUCAAAUAACCUCAGCGCACCUGGCCUGGCACAGCCGAUGUUGAGGCCACAGAAAUACGUGAACAAGAGGAACUCACUGCAGCCUCCUCCUCCUCCUGAGAGGCGGUCGUCUGCUAUUAGCGUUUCGCCGAUUCUGCCCUCCAAAGUCAAACGAGACAGCGGCAUCUUCCUAGCAGACCCGGAAAGCUUUCCAGCACCGCCACCUACCCUGAUGGCUGGUUUGCCGCCGCCACCACCACCACCGCCGUCUGAUUUCUGUGAACCCCCUCCUGAUUUUGUGCCUCCUCCGCCACCUUCUUCCAGCAGUGGUGAUGAAGACCUGCCCUUACCCCCCCCACCUCCACCUGUCUCCAGUAAGCCACCACCUCUGGCGAAGAAACCUGUGCCACUUCCCUCAAAAAGGCACGAAAACACCGUACAGGAUGGAGAGCCAAGAUCAGCUGGGCCACCCCCAGUUGGGGGUGGAGGCAGGCAAGCAGAUUUCAUGUCUGACCUAAUGAAAGCUCUCGAGAAGAAAAGGGGCAGCAGCUCCUGAACUCUGGUGCCGGUGGACUUUAAGCCAUAGCUGUUGUGUCACGGAAGGUUGUGCUGGGUAGAGCCUCACCAGGAGGAAUUCUCAGAAUUCCUGCUGGGGGGCCCAAGAAGUGAGGCGGGGUGCUCUCUGUCCCCUACUUUGUCCCUACAGUCUGCUCCUUCCUCGCCCCGCACUCCCUUGAACUACCACUGCAGCAGCAGGCCAAGGUAAGAAUUUGGCUGCAGAGUCUUGCUUCACUCCAUCCAGGUAGCCAAGGAUGGUGGAGCAGGACUCUCAGGGCUGGCCAGUGGGUCAAACACAACUGUGGCUGCCUCUUUAGUAGAAUUAUAGCUAAGGAAACAAUACAGCAGCAGUGUCAUGUCAAUUUUGAGAAGUGGGAAAAUGCCUUUUAACAGAAUUCCCCCAAGGGUUCUUUAUCAGAAAAGUCCACGCUAUUUUUUUUCAAUCAAAAGAUCCCUUUUUUUUUUCCCCCAAAAAAAGUAGUCUUGUCUUAAGAAGAAAACCCUCAGCUAGACUAUUCUGAGAUGCGGUGUAAGACCAGGGCUGGUUCCAGAGGGUAUGACCCCAAGUGUUAACACACCACUGUUUGCAUGUGCAACUCCAGUCAGCACUCACCAUUGCUGUCUUUAAAUCUCAUUGAUUUGGUUAAUUUUAGACAUUUUCUUAUCUGAAAAUACUGUAUCCUUCCCUUGGUAAGCAGGGUCUUUUUCUGUUGGUUAACAUUUGUCUUCAAAUUGUACCUAGAAAUAGUCUGUCUUCAUAAAGACUUCGUAAUUAUCUCAUACCUGAUAUGAAUAUGUCUCCUCCUACUUUUUUUUUCAUUUGUUCUCAAUUUUAAUUCUCCAUUGUUCAUUUAGGCAGCAUUCAUUAUUAGUUCUCAAAUAAAAAUAGCUUCUAUUUUGUAACUGCACCAAGUGUCACGGUUGAUGAACAGGCAUUUUACUGGAGUUGGUACCACUUAAACAGUUUUUUCCUUUGCCAAUACCUCCUGGAUUCCAUAUUUAUUUCUUCCAGUCUUUUCUCUCAUGUACAUCAUUUUCUAAGCUUCCAUAAAUAAUACAUUUCUGUAUUUUCCAAUACAAAAAGCAUAAAAAGCGAAGUACGCGGUCUGAGUAAAUAAAUAAAAGCAGCUGACGGAGCAGGAAGAG